ACACCUACCAUUUCCAAUUAACUUCCUUUAUCUCUCUCAGACACAAACUAUAACCAUCAUUCAUAUUUUGUGUUCAUCAUGACCAAGUCUCCGAGUGAAAAGAAUGGACUCAAGAAAGGUCCAUGGACUCCCGAGGAAGAUCACAAACUCAUCGAUUACAUUCAGAAACAUGGCCAUGGCAAAUGGCGAACCCUUCCCAAAAAUGCAGGACUCAAAAGAUGUGGAAAGAGUUGUCGGCUUCGCUGGGCUAACUACUUGAGGCCUGACAUUAAGAGAGGGAGAUUCUCAUUCGAAGAAGAAGAAGCCAUCAUUCAGUUACACAGUGUUUUGGGAAACAAGUGGUCUACAAUUGCUGCUAACUUGCCAGGAAGAACAGAUAAUGAGAUAAAGAAUUAUUGGAACACUCACAUCAAGAAAAAGCUAAUCAAGAUGGGGAUUGAUCCAGUGACUCACACACCUCGCCUUGAUGUUCUUCAACUUGCCUCUUUUCUAAGCUCAUCUAUGUACAAUUCACCUCAAUUUAACAACUACCCUUUUCCUUCUAUGGGAGGAUCAAUGAUUAACCCAAGCCACCUUCUAAGUUUGCUCACAACUCUGCUAUCAUCAUGUCAAAACAGAAACCCUGAUGUCACAUUGAAUCAUAUUAAUAAUAAUAACCAACUUAGUGGUAGCCCUCUACCCCAAUGUUCCCAAACCAUGCAACAUGAUUCUAUACAAACCUUCCAACCAAACCAACUUCAAGAAAACCAUAUUGCUUAUAAGACUAAUCCUAUGGAAGCUAAACUAGAGCAUCAAAUCUCUCCAAUUGCUACCUCUUUUAGCCACCAAAGCACACUGCCAAAUUUGUGGUAUGAUCACAUAAUAGAUCUACCACAGGCACAAUCAUCAUCAGCCAUGCAAUGUUUCUCAUCUUCUCCCAAGUUGAACACUUUUGUCUUGGAAAAUCAGAUCGAGGGGAUGCCGAAUUUCAAUCUGAGUUCUUUGUUAUCGUCCACACCCUCGUCUUCUAGCCCAAGUACUUUGAAUUCAUCAUCUUCCACCACAUUUGUCAACGGAACCACUGAAGAUGAAAGGGACACUUACGGCAGCAACAUGUUGAUGUAUAACAUUUCAAAUGGCUUGAAUGACUCUGGAUUUUUGUGAUUGAACACGAUGCAUGUUGUGCUGUAAUGCGAUUUAAUUUUGUUAGUACUUCAAGAUUUGUUUAUUUCAGUUCGGACUGUUUUCAGAUUUGUUUUAACGACCAUAUGAAUCAAUUAUUACUAUAUA